UUCUAAACCCGAAGGAAAAGAGAGCAAAAUAGAAAAACUAACGGAUGUUUUCUUUUUUUUUUACAUACAAACAACAUAAGUAAAAGAAGAAAACGCAGCGGUUACUACAUAAGUGUUAAGUGUAAUACGAAGAAUUUUUUCAUUAUUUAUUUACAUUGAAAAGAAAUUCUUUCGAAGAACUCUUUUUGUUUAUAUGUUUUACUGGCCGGACCUACAGUAGAACAUUAUUCGAGUGAAUUAACAAAUACCCAAAAAAUUAACACAACUUUGCUCCUUUUUUUCUACAUAAAGAGGAAAAGGACAAAACAAGCGGCUCUACCAAAGCAGUAGUAGUAGUAGUAGUAAAAGCGCAGCAGUUAAAUAAUCGCCUGAUUUUAAGAUUUUCAUACUGUUGCACGGCGCUAAAGCAAACAAAAUAAAUCCUUCACAAGUUAAUCAUAAUCGUCAGCAUACCAACAAUAAUAGCAACAACGCAAAUAAAAACGAUUCUCAAAAAUCAUCUAAUAAAGGAAAAUCUUCAAAUCGUCGAAGAAAGCGUCGCCAAAAGAAUUCUCAAAAUUCAAAUUUUUCUGAAAUCCCACAACAAAACCAUCAAGACGACGUCGCUAAGAUAGUAGUAAAGGAUAAUCCUUCAACAACAUUUCCGUUUCACUUCUCAGCAAGUAAUCCAAAUUACGAUUCUUCUUCUUUUCCUCUUGUGAACGGACAAUUGCAUAAAGAUAGCAACAUGCCUGCCCGUUUUGUAGAAAAUUCAGAACCUAGCGUUCCUAUGAACUUGGAAAACCGUUAUGAUCAUCCGUCUUCAAAUGGAGUGAACAGUGAUAUUGUUAUUACUGGCAUAUCUGGUCGUCUCCCUGAAAGUACUAAUAUUGAAGAAUUUAGAAAAAACCUCUUCGAGGGUGUCGAUAUGGUUAACGAUGAGCCUAGACGUUGGUCGAAAGGGCUUUACGGUUUACCAGAACGUAACGGUAAAAUUAAAGAAGAGGAUUUAGAAAAUUUUGAUCAAACAUUCUUUGGUAUACAUCAGAAACAAGCCGACGGUAUGGAUCCUCAGAUGCGUAUGUUGCUGGAGUGCACUUAUGAAGCUAUUAUCGAUGCUGGUCUGAAUCCUGCGGAAAUUCGCGGUACUCGUACUGGCGUUUAUGUGGGCGCCUCGAGUGCGGACAGUGAAAAUUACCAAUUAUCUGAUCCGGAUCGUGUUGAUGGCUAUGGUUUAAUUGGUUGCGCCCGUGCGAUGUUUCCUAAUCGAAUUUCAUUUUCCUUUGAUUUGAAAGGUCCUAGUUAUUGUGUUGAUACGGCCUGUUCCAGUUCUUUGUACGCCCUGUCCCAAGCCUUCGCGGAUAUGAAUAGCGGCAAAUGCGAUGCAGCUAUAGUGGCUGGUUCAAAUCUUUGCCUUCGACCUACGAUGUCGCUGCAAUUUAAACGUCUUAGCAUGUUGAGUGCAGAAGGCAAAUGCAAAGCUUUCGAUGAAAGCGGUAGUGGCUAUGUACGUUCUGAUGCUGUCGUUGUUAUACUUUUACAACGAGUUUCCGUUGCCAAACGUGUAUAUGCCACCAUCUUAAAUGCUCGAACCAAUGUAGAUGGACACAAAGAACAAGGGAUCACUUUCCCUAAUGGCCAAAUGCAGAACCAACUAAUGAGAGAAACAUACGGGGAGAUUAAUUUAGACCCUGCGGAGGUUAACUACGUAGAGGCUCACGGUACCGGCACCAAAGUGGGCGACCCGCAAGAAGUCAACUCUAUUACAGACUUUUUCUGCAAGAAUCGCAAGUCUCCCCUGUUAGUUGGGUCCGUAAAAUCAAACAUGGGCCAUUCCGAACCGUCUUCCGGACUAUGCUCUAUUGCUAAAGUGCUGUUAGCCAUGGAGCAAAAUGUUUUACCGCCAAAUUUACAUUAUAAAAAUCCCAAUCCUGAUUUGUACGGUCUUUUGGACGGCCGACUAAAGGUUGUGGAUAAACCUACCCCAUGGGAGGGUGGCAUUGUUGGCAUCAACUCAUUCGGUUUUGGUGGAGCUAAUGCUCACGUUAUCUUAAAAUCAAAUCCUAAACCUAAAGUUAUCACUCCAACUGUAGGACCUCCCAAACUAAUUCUAUCCUCUGGACGUACUUUUGAUGCAGUUCAAGAGUUUUUGGAGGACGCAGAUCAACACAAAGAUGAUGACGAAUAUCUCACUUUAAUUAACGAUAUUCAUUCACGGCCUAUCUCGGGCCACUUUUAUCGAGGCUUUUCUGUUAUGGAUAGCAAGGGUACAUUGCAAAAGGACGUCGCCGAAAUUAGCCCAGAAUCUCGACCGAUUUGGUUUGUGUAUUCUGGUAUGGGUAGUCAAUGGGCUUCUAUGGCCAAGGAUCUAAUGGUGUUUGAUACUUUCAAAAAAACAAUACAUCGUUGUUGCGAGAUUUUACGUCCCGAAGGGCUUGAUUUGAUGGACGUUUUGACUCGCUCUACAGAAAAAACUUUCGAAAAUAUCUUAAACUCCUUUGUCGGCAUUGCCGCAAUGCAAGUGGCCCUAACUGAUCUCCUGACUUCAUUAAAUAUAGUGCCGGAUGGUAUUGUUGGUCACUCCGUUGGAGAAGUGGCCUGUGCCUAUGCGGAUGGCUGCUUAUCAAUGGAGCAAACUAUUUUAGCAGCCUAUUGGAGAGGUAAAUCUAUACUGGAUACUAAGUUGCCUAAAGGCAAAAUGGCGGCUGUUGGCCUAAGUUGGGAAGAAGCUCACAAACGUUUGCCUGCGGACUGUUUUCCGGCCUGUCAUAACAGUGCUGAAAAUUGCACCAUAUCUGGUCCUGAAGAAUCUAUAGACGCAGUAUGUCAAAAACUAACUUCUGAAGGUGUAUUCGCACGGGCGGUGAAAUCAUCAGGUUAUGCUUUCCAUAGUAAAUAUAUUGCCGAUGCUGGCCCUAAAUUGCGUAAGAGUUUAGAAAAAGUAAUUCCAAAUGCCAAAAAUCGUUCUCCACGUUGGAUAAGUUCCAGUAUACCUGAAGUUGCCUGGAAUACUGCUAUAGCACAGCAAGCUUCAGCUGCAUAUCAUGUUAAUAAUUUACUCUCACCCGUUCUUUUCCACCAAGCGCUUCAACAUGUACCCAAAAAUGCCAUUUGCAUUGAAAUAGCUCCUACAGGCUUGCUUCAAGCCAUACUCAAACGAUCGCUUGGCAGCGAAACGACUAACCUUAGUCUGAUUAAACGCGAUUAUGAGAACAAUCCAGAAUUUUUCUUGGCUAGUAUCGGUAAAUUGUAUGCGGCUGGUGCCCAACCGCAAAUAAUGACUUUGUCAAAACCAAUUAGCUAUCCUGUGGGACGCGGGACACCCAUGUUAGGCUGCAAAGUAGGUUGGGAUCAUUCUCAGAAAUGGCACGUGCCUAAAUUCGACAAAAUGACCUCAUCGGGUGAAACUAUCAUCGAAGUCGAUUUAAGCAAGGAGGAAGAUGCGUUCUUAGCGGGUCACACAAUAGAUGGAAGAAUUCUUUUCCCCGCUACGGGCUACAUGACAUUAGCAUGGAUGACAUAUGCCAAAAUGCGUGGUAAUGAAUUCCAAAACACACCCGUCGUAAUGGAAAAUGUGGUCUUCCAUCGUGCUACAAUACUUAACAAGGAGGGCGUAGUCAAAUUUGGAAUAAAUUUCUUUGACGGUACCGGAGCAUUCGAAAUUUGCGAGGGCGGUAGUUUGGCUGUUUCAGGCAAAAUAUCCAUACCCGAAAACGUUGAUAAUGAACAACUACCUUUAGAUCCCCUGCCUGUUAGCACCGUUGCCAAAGAGCUCUCCACGAGCGACGUAUACAAAGAGCUGCGUUUACGCGGUUAUGACUAUGCUGGUAUAUUCCGCGGAAUUACUGCUUCUGACUCUUUGUCCAGCACAGGAAAACUACAAUGGGUGGACAAUUGGAUUAGCUUUAUGGACACAAUGUUGCAAUUCAGUAUACUCAGUAAAAAUCUGCGAGAAUUGUAUUUGCCUACGCGUAUUGAGAAAGCUAUUAUAGAUCCUAAUCAUCAUUUGAAGGAGAUAGCCAAACUAACUCCAGAGCAACAAACUAAAGAAGGUGUGCCUGUUUAUAUGUACGAUGAUAUUAAUGUAAUUAAGAGCGGUGGUAUUGAAUUGCGUGGAAUGAAGGCUUCUCUGGCUCAAAAGCGACCUUCAAAUCAGAAUCCUCCUACCUUGGAACGAUACACCUUUAUUCCCAAUGAAAACGGAGUAGACCUUAACGAAAACCAUGAAAAGGCUCAUUUCCAUGCGCUUUCUGUUGCUUUGCGUUUACUUAAUGAAAAUUCCAGCGGUGCUUUAAAAAUUAAAGGCGUUGAACUCGCCGAUGGUCGUAACCCAGAUAGCUUAUUAGCUGCUAAAAUUGUGCAAGUCCUUGAAGGUGAACCCUCUCUGACGGCUGAGAUCGCUGUUGCCACUUCAAACAGUAACGAAGAAGCCAUUUCUGCAGCACUAGGACCGGACGCAGGAGUACGAGUAAUUAAUAAAAACAUUCUAAAAGAACCCGUAGACCAGAAUAACCAUUUCGUCUUUGGUGUCGAUGUGUUAUCUCGUCCUGAUACUGCUGUAUUGGUAAACAGUUUAGCUUCUAUUAAAGAUAAUGGAUUCUUAAUAUUUGAAGAAUCCGCUUAUGGCUACAGAAAUACUGGUCGUAAUUUGCUGACUGACUUCGGUCUGGUAGUGGCAUCUGAACAAAGUUGUGGAAAUUCUCGUGUCCUUGUAAUGGCUCGUCGUCCAGUAGAUCUUAAGCAACGUAAAUCUGUUGUGAUUAAUGUUACCGAGAAAAAUUUCGAUUGGCUGGAAGAACUUAAAGGUGCUCUCGCAAAAGCAGCGGAAAAUGAGCAGUAUGUCUACAUAGUAUGUCAAGGAGAAGAGGCUUUCGGGGCGGUUGGUCUCAUGACUUGUAUUAGAAGAGAAAAUGGUGGAAAUUUCGCCCGUUUAGUAUUCGUACAGGACGGAAAUGCCAAACCAUUUUCGUUCAAUGACGCUUUUUACACCAAACAACUGGCAAAGGAUUUAAUUAGCAACGUCCUAAAGAAUGGUCUCUGGGGAACAUACCGUCAUAUGAAAUUGGAAACAAGUGCAGCCACUUUGCAGGUCGAACAUGCAUAUGUGAAUGCUUUAGUUAAGGGUGAUUUGGCUUCACUUAAAUGGAUCGAGUCUCCUCGAUCGACACCCAACAUUUCUAACGAUUUUGAACUGUGUACCGUCUAUUAUGCUCCGAUAAAUUUCAGAGAUGUCAUGCUGUCUUCGGGGAAACUGUCGGCUGAUGCUUUGCCUGGUGAUUUGGCACAGCAAGAUUGUGUGUUAGGUUUGGAAUUUUCUGGUCGAGAUUCCAAAGGUCGUAGGAUUAUGGCAAUGGUACCUGCAAAAUCGCUGGCCACUACAUGUGUGGCUGCGAAAAUUAUGACUUGGCAAAUUCCCGAUAAAUGGAGCAUGGAAGAAGCUUCCACCGUCCCUUGUGUUUAUUCCACAGUCUACUAUGCCUUAAUGGUUAGAGGUCAAAUGAAGAAGGGCGAAAAAAUUCUAAUUCACGCAGGCUCCGGAGGUGUAGGCCAAGCAGCUAUUUCCGUCGCUUUGCAUCACGGUCUAACUGUUUUUACAACCGUCGGUAGUAAAGAGAAGAGAGAAUUCUUAAAGAAGCGAUUCCCCCAACUUAAAGACAACCAUAUCGGCAACUCACGCGAUACUUCCUUUGAGCAAAUGAUUAUGCGUGAGACAAAAGGUCGUGGUGUGGAUUUGGUGCUUAAUUCUUUGGCCGAAGAAAAAUUGCAAGCUUCAGUUCGCUGCUUGGGUCUGAAUGGUCGGUUCUUAGAAAUUGGUAAAUUUGACUUGAGUAACAACAGCCCCUUAGGUAUGUCUGUAUUUUUAAAAAAUACCUCAUUCCAUGGCAUCCUAUUGGACAGUGUCAUGGAAGGUGAAGAAGCAAUGCAAAAGCAAGUAGUUGAAUUGGUUGCGGAAGGUAUUAAAAAUGGAGCUGUAAGACCUUUACCAACUUCGGUAUUCAACGAUCAGCAAGUGGAAGCAGCUUUCCGAUUUAUGGCUUCUGGCAAACACAUUGGAAAAGUCGUAGUUAAAAUUCGUGAUGAAGAGCCCGGUUCUAAAGCGAUUAAACCACCUACACAUUUAGUAAACGCUAUACCCCGUACUUACAUGCAUCCCGAGAAAAGUUACGUCCUUAUUGGCGGUUUAGGAGGUUUUGGUCUGGAGCUUACUAAUUGGCUAGUGUUUAGGGGUGCCAAGCAUAUUGUAUUAAAUUCAAGAUCGGGUUUGAGAACAGGCUAUCAAGCUUUGAUGGUGAGACGUUGGCAAGAGAAAGGUGUUAAAGUAUUGGUGGACACUAGUGACGUCACAAAUGCAUCUGGCUGCAAACAAUUGCUGACCAAUGCAAAUAAACUGGCCACAGUUGGUGGUAUUUUCAGUUUGGCUGCUGUGUUGCGUGAUGACAUUUUGGAAAAUCAAACUGUUAAAGACUUUAAGACUGUUUGCGAUCCAAAAGUUACAGCCACUAAGUUAUUAGAUCAAUGUUCGCGUUCUUUAUGCACUAGCUUGGAUCACUUUGUGUGUUUCUCUAGUGUAUCGUGCGGCCGCGGCAAUAUUGGUCAAAGUAACUAUGGCCUAGCAAAUUCGGCAAUGGAACGCAUAUGUGAAGCAAGACAAGCAAGCGGCUUUCCUGGUCUAGCUAUACAAUGGGGUGCUAUUGGUGACACCGGUCUAGUUAUCGAAACUUUGGGUGAUAAUGAUACAGUAAUAGGUGGCACAUUGCCGCAACGAAUGAACUCUUGUUUACAAACCAUUGACUUAUUCCUACAGCAGCCGCAUCCAGUAUUGGCUUCAAUGGUGGUCGCCGAAAAACGUAAAUCAGAUCAAUCCGGUGGCGUUAGUUUAAUAGCUAGUGUAGCUAACAUUUUGGGUAUACGCAACAUCAAAAAUAUUCCGGAGAAAAGUUCACUGGCUGAUCUGGGUAUGGAUUCACUGAUGGGCGCUGAGAUUAAACAAACAUUAGAAAGAAACUUCGAUAUAGUUUUAUCAGCACAAGAAAUACGUCAGUUAACAUUUGGGGCCUUAACUCAGAUGGACAAUGGAGCCGCAAGGGCUGAAUCUGCGACAUCUCCUCAAACUACUAGUCCUAGCGCAUUUGGCGAUGGAACUCAAGUUGUAUUUAGUUCCGAACUUAUGCCUACCGAAACUAUUGUUCGCUUAAAAUCGAAAGCGCCCGUCGAUUCCAAUAAACGGCCACUAUUCAUAGCAUCGCCUAUCGAAGGUUUCGCGGAUCCCUUGAAAAAUUUAGCUGAACUUUUGGAUUGUCCUGUCUACGGUUUACAAUGCACUGCAAACGCUGAUUUAGAUACAAUACAAUCAUUGGCUAGUUUUUACUUAAAGGAAGUACGCAAAAUACAGGCUAAGGGUCCAUACGUAAUUGCUGGGUACUCGUUCGGUGCCGCGGUAGCUUUUGAAAUGGUAAUAAACUUGCAAUCGCACGAUAUAGUUUCCAAUUACAUUGCCUUGGACGGUGCUCCUAAAUAUGUCAGUUGGAACACUGCAACAUUCAGGGACCGCCAUAGUAUGGACGAUGGCGAUAAUUACGAUUACGGCUUAGCUUACUUCGCCAUGGUUGUCGCUAAUAUGGAUUACGCUUCCGUUGUGAAAAUGAUACUCGAUAAACCGACCUGGGAAGAGAAAUUGACGAAGUGUGCCGAAAUGGUAGCGCAGGAGAUUAAAAAACCCAUAGACUUGAUUAAGCAAGCUGGCGAGAUUUUCUAUAAGAAAUUAUCGGCUGGCCAUAAUUACAAAGCUACCACAAAAAUAACAUGCCCAGUUACGCUGGUCAAGCCAAGUGAAAAUUAUGUACAACUUGAAGAGGACUAUGGCUUCAAUGAGAUAUGCCAAAAACCAGUAAAAGUUUUUACCGUAGAAGGUAAUCACCGCACCUUCCUGGUAGAAGAAGCGUCACUGAAAACAAUUGAAAGCGAAUUAAAUCGGUUAACUGCUUAAAUAAAUACAAAGAGAAUCAAUCGUUUAUCGCUAUAAAAAUAUGCGCGAGCGCACAAUUAACAAAACAAUGACAUAACUCGAAAAUAUUAGAUUUUUUUAGAUAUAAAAUUUAAUAAAUACCGUCAUCAUCAUUUGUUUUAGCUAUUAAGAAGUAAAAAUUUAAGAAAAUCAUAAAGUAAUAAGAAUAUAUUGCAUUAAUAUUGCAUGAUUGACUCAUUAUAAAUAUUAAACUGAUAUGAAAAACAGUUUUAGAGCAAAAAUUAACCAACGUCCUAUUUAGAUUUAUGGAUUAGAAAACCAGAACGCAGGUCCACAUAAUAAAUGCAUUUUAGCAAUCCCGAUGAAUUGUUUUGGACAUGUUUGCUAGAUAACGGAGUACAGUACAUAGAGCAUACAUGAGCAUUCCUUUUUUUUUUUUGUUUUUGUAAUUUAAAAUUUAAACUAAUAUCUAAAACGUAAAG